AUGAAGGCGAAAACACUCCAGAUUCUAUGGCAUGACCGCAGUCCUGUGUUCUCUGCAGACUUUGAACAAAUCCUCGAUGGUCGACUCGCAACAUGUGGUGGUGACAACAACGUUCGGAUAUGGAAGGUUGUCCGGAUCAACGACGAACCUCCUAAAAUGGAGUUUCUUGCAACUCUUUCAAGACAUACUGCUACGGUCAAUUGUGUGCGAUGGAGUCCAACCGGUGGAUUGAUUGCUUCUGGCGGAGAUGAUGGCUCAAUCUUGAUAUGGCAACAGUGUGAGCAGCGGCAAGACUCCAUGUCUGAGGAUGACAAUGAAAACAUCCAAACAUGGCGAAUGACUUCGUUGCUGAGGUACAUUGCAUCUUCAGAGCUGUACGAUCUUACCUGGUCUCCUGAUGGACGCUUUAUACUUUCUGCAUGUGUAGAUAACACAUGUCGUAUCUAUAAUGUAGCUGAAAAUAAAUGUGUUCAUGUCAUGACUGAUCAUCAGCACUUUGUGCAGGGAGUCGCAUGGGAUCCGCUUUACCAGUUUCUUGCAACUCAAAGCAGCGACAGGUCUGUGAUUGUAUACGAGCUGAGCCUUUCUAAAGCAGGAGUGUUGAACACAAAUAUAAUUGCACGGCACUCCAAAAUUGAGCCAUCCAAAUUGGCAUUUAAAUCGUUCAUCUCAAAGCAAGAUUCUGAAGUACCAAUUGAUGAUACUGCUUUGACACCUAGCAAGUCCCACUUGGCUUUAUCAAGCACUGGAGAAACGGUUUCGAUCGAUUCUGCUACCCACAAGUCAAAAGCAUUUAGAAUAUUUCACGAUGAGAAUCUGACUUCAUUUUUUAGACGAUUGGCGUUUUCCCCUGAUGGAUCGCUUCUUGUUGUUCCUGCUGGACUGUCAAAUGCCCAUACUGUUUAUGUUUUUGGACGUGGAAAACUAUCUAGUGAUCCUAUUCUGCAUCUUGCUGGCCACAAAACAGCUCCAGUUGCCAUUCGAUUCAAUCACAACCGCUACAAACUUCUUCAAUCCACAUUAGAUACAGGAGUUCGUCCUACCAUCAAUCUUCCAUAUCGCUAUAUUUUUGCCGUAGCAACACAAGACACAGUUGUGAUAUAUGACACUCAACACAUUCGUCCAUUGGCAUUUUUUGGCAACCUGCAUUACGCAACGUUUACGGACAUGACGUGGUCCAGCGAUGGAAGAACGUUGAUCAUGUCAUCAAUCGAUGGGUUUUGUUCAAUGGUUGAAUUGGAUGAAAAUGAGCUUGGAGUU